AUGAGUGUAGCUGUUGCGUCCGCUACAAAUAUUAACGAGGAAGAUUACUGGUAUAGACUUGGAGUGGAGGCUCUUCGCCGAGGAGGCAACUCUGGUAUCGUCGAGUUUGCGUACCAGCAGACGAGGAACUUCGAGAGGUUGUCUUUUCUUUAUCUUAUUACUGGUAAUCUUGAAAAGCUUUCAAAGUUGAUGAAAUUGAAGAAGGGCGUAAUGGGUCAGUUUCACAAUGCUCUCUACAUGGGAGAUGUUAAAGAGCGUGUUAAGAUACUGGAGAACGCUGGUCUUUUGCCUCUAGCGUAUAUCACUGCUUCGGUUCAUGGUUUAGAGGAUAUUGCUGAGCGGCUUUCGAUUGCGCUGGGAGACGAUGUGCCAUCAUUGCCUCAAGGGAAAACUCACUCGCUUCUGAUGCCACCGAUUCCCGUCGUGUGCGGUGGUGAUUGGCCUCUUCUGAGAGUGAUGAAAGGAAUAUUUGAAGGAGGACUUGAGAGUGCAAAUGAAGAAGAUGAUGUUGAAGAAGGCGAUUGGGGUGAUGCACUUGCAGAAGAAGAAGAAGAAGACGGAGAAGAAGAAGGAGAGGGUUCUGGAUGGGAGGGACUUGAGCUUCCACUACAGCUUGACACUCCUAAGGUGUCUGCCUUUAUGACACCUAGUCAAGGUAUGGCUGUAAGUCAGAUAUGGAGCCAGGAAUCUCUCCUUGCUGCUGAGCAAGCUGCAGCGGGAAGCUUCGACACUGCAAUGCGUCUCCUCAACAGACAGCUUGGCAUAAAGAACUUUGCGCCUUUGAAAUCGAUGCUUCUUGAUCUGCUCAUUGGCAGCCAAAGCUAUCUUCCUGCUUUCUCUUCGUCUCCUGUGGUUCCACUCGCCGUUGAGCGUGGAUGGAGCGAGUCUUCUAGCCGUGGCCCACCAGCUCUUGUUUAUGAACUCUCUCAGCAAGAAGAGAAGCUCAAAUCUGGCUAUAAAGCUACAACGAGCGGGAAAGAUGAGAAUCUGACCGAGGCUGUCCGGCUCUUCCGCUCUAUCCUCCACACCAUCCCUCUACUGGUGGUCGAGUCAAGAACUGAAGUCGAGGAGGUUAAGGAGCUCGUCACCAUCGUCAAAGAAUAUAUCCUCGGUCUUAAAAUGGAGCUUAAGAGAAGAGAGACGAGAGAUGAUCCAGUGAGGCAGCAGGAGCUCGCUGCUUACUUCACUCACUGCAACCUCCAACCACCUCACUUAAGACUCGCCCUGUUUAGUGCAAUGGGAGUCUGCUACAGGGCGAGGAACCUCGCCACUGCCUAUAACUUCGCCAAAAGAUUGUUGGAAACCAACCCAACGGAAAGCCAAGCCAAGACGGCUAGACAAAUUGUUCAAGCCGCUGGACGCAACAUGACUGAUGCAACCGAGCUCAACUACGACUUCAGAAACCCUUUUGUGAUAUGCGGGUCAACGUAUGUCCCCAUCUAUAGAGGACAGAAAGACGUGUCGUGUCCUUACUGCACUGCUCGGUUUGUACCGAGCCAGGAAGGAAACAUCUGUGCGAUCUGUGAUCUUGCAGUCAUUGGCGCGGAGGCAUCUGGUUUGCUAUGCUCUCCUUCUCAAGUCCGGUGA